CAGUACGUCAAAGUUCAAGCAUUGGUGACAGACAGAAAGAAGACCUGCGUCGCUACAUGUUUUAGUUUCCUUUAUCAAGUGUGCCUUUGCAAAUCCCUACGCCGCGUGCCGGCAUCCGGUGACAUAUAGGAGAGACACCCGAGAUCAGUCAAGCCUCAUGCAGAAGCCCUUUUAGCUCAAUUCCAGUAGAUCGUGCCUAUAUCUGUCGCAAUCCCAACCAAACAUCAUAAUGGCAUCUCAUGCCCCUCCAAAGGUCACAAGAAGGUCGACAUUGAGGAGCAAGUCAUCAAAUACAACCAACCAGAUCCCGCCAAAAACUACACGGGAAAAGGGAGCGGAUAGAACGAAAAAGGCUCAGAUAACGUCGAAAGCUGGCGAAUCAUUGGGGGUAAUUGAGAGUUUGCGGAGAUGGAGGAAAGAUGCCUGGGACCAGAACUUGUGGUCUACGGCCUCCUACUGGGGAGACAAGAUCUUGACGAUAGGUGGAGAGCCACAGGAUUAUUACUGGCAAGCGAAGAUUUACUUUGCAACUGGCGAAUUUGCAAGAGCGGAUUACCUGCUCUCUGGAAAUCCAGAGAUUCUGGAGUCAAGCAUCCAAUGCAGAUACAUGGGGGCACUAUGUGCGGUAAAACUGGGAAAAUGGGACAAAGCGGAUGCCCUGCUACGGGAUAAAGCCGGCAGGAGAGAACGACCCAAGAUUGACGAACCUAGUGGGAUAAAGCUGGAGGCGUCAAUAUGCUAUCUGCAAGGAAUUGUACACAGUCGCAAGGGAGAGUUAAAGCGAGCCAAUGAGCGGAUGAAGCAGGCUGUGAUUGAAGAUCCACGCUGCAUUGAGGCAUUUAACUGGCUGUUAAACAACCAUGUCAUGAAUGUGCAGGAAGAGGAAACUUUUUUACAUACUUUGGAUUUUGGAAUUUGCGGUCAAGAUGCGGACUUCAUGAGAUCAAUGUAUCUAUCUAGCAUAAAGAAGUACGAUGAAGCGAAAAUCACUCACCUCGAAACAACAUACAAACUCGCGGGGAAUAGUGAUAUUUUACAUCGCCGUGCGGAGCAUCUUUUUGAACAAUGUAGAUAUUCUCAAUGCUACGAGAUAACCUCACGAAUUGUGAAGGACGAUCCCUUUAAUUUAAAAUGUGUGCCAAUCCAUGUGUCGUGCCUAUCGGAGCUUGGAAUGAAGAACGACUUGUUCUACUUUGCCCAUCAACUAGUCGAGACGUUUCCAGACAGGGCAUGCACGUGGUUUGCUGUUGGAGGGUACUAUCUUCUUAUAAAAAAGAAUCUGGAAGCGCGGAAGUACUUUAGCAAAUGCACCCAGCUUGACGGAAGCUUUGGUCCUGGGUGGCUUGGAUUCGCUCACUCAUUUGCUGCCGAGGGUGAAACUGAUCAAGCAAUAUCCGCCUACUCUACCGCGGCCAAACUGUUUAACGGAAUGCACCUGCCAUUGAUGUAUCUGGGAAUGCAUUAUAGCUUGGUUAAUAAUCUUGAACUUGCGUCGGAUUACUUGCACCUUGCCGAAAACAUGAACAAGUCAGAUCCGUUAUUGAUGAAUGAGUUGGGAACUUUAUAUUCGCGGAAGAAAGACCAUCAGAAAGCCAUUUUCUAUUUCGAAAGAGCGCUGGUGCUCGCAGAUAAUACGAAUUACACAUCGGUACAAUGGGAAGCUACUUGGUUCAACCUAGCUCUAACACAUCGGAAACUUCGAAAUUAUGCCAAAGCUCGUGAGUAUAUCGACAAGGUCCUUGAGAUCAAUCACAAUCUUUUCGAUGCGCAUGCACUACUGGGAUACAUCGCUCACGCGGAAAAUAAGUUGGAAGCUGCCAUAGGCCAUUACUCUGAUGCAUUAUCAUAUAAUCCUGACGAUACCAUGUGCCAUGAUUUGAUGAGGGAAGCAAUGGCGGAUGUUCAAUCCGUUUAUGAUGAUCCAGAAUGCUGGCCACGAAUAGCUGACUUUAAUGGCGCGGACGAUAGUUUUUUAUUACCUCCAGACUUGGAACAGUAUCGAGUAUUUGAGGACGUCCAGGGAUCCGAAUCCGGCCCUUUCGAUUCACAAGGGACGCCAAUGGGGUCAUUAGAGGGGAGUGAUAUGGACGAGUCGCCAUAUCCGCAGAUAUAUACCCCAGAGACUGCUGUGCCAGGAUCUAGAACCAGUUUUCCCGAGCGAAGGUCCAACGCGUAUAGUUCUGUCAGUAAGACACCACGAGGUCUUCUGAGUUACGGAAGCGGUAGCGGAUCAAAAUCAUCACCGAGCGUGACUGGGUCUCCAUUCGGAGAGGACAUGUCGUUGGGAUCCCCAUCUAUUGCACGACAACUCGCAAGUGGGAUAUCUAGUUUUGCAGCAGGAACAUCAAGUUCCAGAUUCACACCCCAGAGAGGACGUCAGUCGCGGAACAAUCCGCGCCUUGGUUGGCCUCCGCGAGAUCCUGCAGGGCUGGUAUUUGGAAGUUCACCAGUGGGAGCUCCAGUGCCUCAGCCACGUAGGACUCUACGAGAUGUGCGCGGCAUGGUGUCCGCUACGCCAAGCGACGGGGAUGUCAGUAUGGAUAUGGAGAUUGAUGACUUGGAAUAAUCGCCAAAGCUGGUCAAGCGACUAGAUCAUCAUUCAAACCAUAUUUUGGCUCGCUCACUUACAUUCAUAAGUGUGAGAACUGUACUAUAAUAGAUUAGAGCGUAGGGUUGUUUGCAAGAGCGCUAAUGGAGUUGCUACGGAUAUCAUUCUUUUGUACACCAAA